ACUGCUUAUUGUCAGUUCAUAUAUGUUGCAUUUGCUGUCAGUUUGACAGAUGUAAAUAGAAAAGUAGUUAUUAAUAGUUAACAGUUAAGUUUUGUAGAUACAAGUUCAUCGAUAUGCCGGAAACAGUAAGCUUGCCUUUGGAUAAACUUCCAGAAUAUUGGAAGGACGAGGAUAGACUUAACGUUCUGUUCGCGCCGUUCAGAAAUCGCCAUGUGAAUGCGAAAGAUUGGGACACGAAGUUGUCCUUCUGGAAACAGUCUAUUUAUGUAUUUUGCACUCAUAAUAGCAUUUACAAGCUUCAGCUGGACGAAAUGCAGAAAUCCUUCACACAUCAGGGAAGGUACCCUAUGUGUCUACAUAUAGUAUUUGAAGAGCUUCUCAAAAGCCAAGAUUUAAUACCUAUAGAGAAUUUUGUUAAUAAUAAAGAGCAGGGUUGGGGUAUGUGGGUGGCAGACUUUUUUGUGAAGAAACCAAUUUCAUGGUCUUUUAAUAAGCUGAAAAGCACACUAACCACAAUUAACUUGAGUGAUAUGACUUUAGUGCAUAUAGAGGCACUCAAACACAAUGCAAAACUUUAUGUAACCUCAAUACCAGAUGAUAUAAAGAAUAAGGUGAUAGAAAUCACUGAGCUUAAGAAACUUGUACCAUCUGGAAACUGCACUGAAAGUUUUGACUUGCUCCUGAGCCACCUUCAGAAUACCAAUCAACUGAUGAUGAGGAAGAUCAAUAAGAAUAAUAAUUUAAUAACACUAGUCAAGUUCUCCACUAAUCCUAAAGAGAAAGAGAUCAGUGAUUGUGAAGUUGACAUAUACAUGCUGGGAGAAACAGAGAAGAUUUUACUGAAGAAUAUUGAAUCCUUGGAGGGUGAAAUGAAUAAUGCCAUUAAGGAUGCUAAAGCUUACUUGGCCAAAAACCACAGGCAAAUGGCUAAAACUAGCUUGAGGAAGAAGCAUGAUUUGGAGAAAAGGAUUGAGACUAAAAGUAGUGCUCUUUACAAUGUGCAAACCAUGCUAUCACGUUUGGAAGAUUCUAAACAUGAUGCUGUGGUGUUUGAUACAUACAAGAAUGCACUAACUUCAAUCAGAAAUAACUUCAAAGAGAACAAAUUGACAGAAGAUUCUGUUACAGAUACCAUGAUUGAAAUUGGAGAGGUACUUGAUAUUCACAACGAUAUCCAAGAGACUUUAGGGAAAUCUCUCAAUGAUAGUGAUGGCGAUUUGGAGAAAGAAUUGGAGCUGCUGAUGAGCAGCGAAGUGGAUAAUGAUGAAGAUAACGCUACGAAUACAACCCCAAGGAAACCGGAUUUGAAAAUGAAGGAUUUGGAGGAACAGUUCAAGGAAUUAGAUUUGCCUAAUGUACCAGACGAUUUGGAUACAACGCCUUUACCAGCCUUAUAAAAUUAUAUCGAUAUUUUUUAUACGUAAAUAAAUAAUUAUUGGAUUGUU